AUGGUGCCAUCUGCCAUCAUCUUACUGGAUCCAUCAAGCCGGAAUGCAGCUGCCUCCGUCACGGCGUUCCAGUCACAGUUUGGAUGGGUGGCUGCCCACGAGCAGCGGCGACUGAUAGCAGAUAUUCGGCCUCCGCCUUCUGCUCCAUGGCUCGAAGAGGCCACUGUCACAUCAACGGUUGAUACUGCCAGGUUAUUCGAUGAAGGGUGGUUGACUAGCGCCGAUAAUUUAUCCGGGGUAGCCCCUUUAACGCCUCCGGCCAUGCCACAAGAUCGGCUCCUAUCGUCGUCUCCGAAUCACCUUGUGCUGCGGCCGGCUUCCAGACGCCCGCGCACCGUGCGACUACUCAGCUACCCCGGCAUCAGGCUUACCAUUCGCCAGAGUCGCAUUUUCCGUCUCUCCAUUGACAAGCCGCGUCAACAACUCUGCCUUGACAGGCAUUUUGUGACCUCGCCUAACAUGCCCCCCCAAAACGAUGGCGAGUCCACAGGGUUUCGAGGCUUGCUUGUGCACGACAGAGCUGAAUUCAAGGAGAAAAGCACCCUGUCCUCCCACGUAGCUUUAUAUCAAUCCCCAGUCCCGUGCUUUUGGUAUGGCAGCGAUGCUUGCUUCCUCACUCAAUCAUCAGAUUCGACUGAAGUACCUUCCCGGUACUUCGUCUGCCCACAUACCAUCAACAUGAGAUCAGCACCGCCAUCCGUCCGCAAGACAUGGCCGAAGCCAAACUAUGUCGACCCAGACACUCGGGGAAACGGCUUAAUGAUCAUAGAGCUCACACUGCUGCCUAUUGCUAUGAUCGUAGUUUUUCUGCGCAUGUGGAUCCGAAUUAGCUGGCUCAAUAAGUCCUGGUGGGAUGACUAUUUGAUGAUUGUUGCCAUGAUAUUCUCGAUUGGUACCACGGUGCUCGUGAUUCUAGCAACGCAGCUGUAUGGGUGGGACAAGCACGUCUGGGAUCUCACCCUUCCUGAACUACAAACUGGACGCAAGGCUUCCAUUGCCGGCCAAACACUUUUUGUGCUCGCGUCUAGUACAGUUAAGAUGUCUAUUCUCGUAUCCUAUUUUCGAAUAGCACCAGAGAAGUCCCUCUUUCGGAAAUUAGUGUGGGCAACCUUUGCUCUCGUCUUCGCCGCCUUCAUUGUCUUCUUGGUGGCGCUGUGGGUGCAAUGCAUCCCAAUCUCGAGUUACUGGACUUUCUCGGCGGAUCAUCGUGACUGUAUACCAGAAGGGCCUCCACUCGUGGUCCAAAGUGUCCUCAAUGUCGUGACAGACUUUAUGAUAUACGCACUGCCGAUCCCCACACUCUUCUCGCUCUCGCUGCCUUGGACACAACGUCUUGGCCUCGUCGUCCUCUUCUCCGUUGGAGGUGUCAUCGUCGUCGCCAGUAGCUUCCGCGCCUAUUGGGUUCAUUACACCGUCUUUGAAACCUAUGACGCGACAUGGCAUGGGUACCAAAUCUGGGUCUGGACAGCCGUGGAAACCAAUGUCGGUGUGAUCUGCGGUUGUAUCCCAGCGCUCAAGCCAUUGCUCUUCCCGAAUCGCGCACGAAACAAUGGCUCAAGAUACGGCUAUGGCUCACAGAACAGCCGAAGGAAGGAGAAGGUCACUCCUGUGAUUGAUCAGGUCGAGAUGGACACUCGCAUACUAACCGAAAGCGAUGAGUUCAAGGCAUCUACAUCUGGUUCAGUACAUGACCAGAUGCUAUCGGUAAGACCGAUAAGUGGCGAUACGGACAAAAGUCGUUAUGAUCACGAUAUAGAACAGCAAAAAGCUUACAUGUACUGA